AUGCCUGACGGCAAUUCCCAGGCGAUCCUCGGGGAUUCUCUCCCGGGAUCGCUGGUGUCGCCGUCGUCAAGGCCGGACUUUGCAUUCCAGUCCCCCAAGUUGCAGCCCUUCUGCGGCGAUCCCGAGGGAUGGGGACCGUUAAGCAACAUUCGGUUCGAUCUGACCCCGUGUUUUCUGGAUCUGGGUGUCGCUAUCGUGGCAGCAUGGGGUCUGAUCAUGGGAGCAGGUGCCCUGUGGUUCCUGUUCAAAAAGCGAGUCCCUGAGCCUGUCUCGAAGAACUGGCAUUUCUACACCAAAUUGACCGUCUUAGCCGCUUUGAUGUUCACGACCGCCCUCCAAGCUGCGAUCCAAGUCGAGACCGAUCCGAAUACCUGGUUUGCCGACUUUAGAUUCUGGAGCUCGCUGCUGGUUUUUGCCUCGCUCGGCGUGAUUUUUGCGGUUCAAUACUACGAGCAUUGGCGCAGUCGACAACCCAACGGCGUCGUCCUCUUCUAUUGGCUUUUCUUCGUCAUUGCUUAUGGCAUUAAACUCCGAUCGCUCGUGGCACAACACGCAUACCAGGAUCGGCUACCGUACUUUGUUUGCUUCAACGUGAGCCUGGGGCUGGCAAUUCUUGAAUUUGCGCUGGAGUACCUGGUCCCAAAAAAGCAGAGCGCCUACAACGCAUUGGGUGACGAGGAUGAGUGUCCGUACGAGUAUGCCGAUAUCUUCUCGGUCUUGACUUUCAGUUGGAUGACUCCAAUGAUGAAAUUCGGGUACAACAACUUCCUAACCCAAGACGAUCUGUGGAACCUUCGACGACGGGAUACAACUCAAGCCACCGGAAACACGUUGGAGGACAAAUGGCAGCAGGAACUUGAGAAACCGAAGCCAUCCUUGUGGAGUGCGCUGUUCAGGGCAUUUGGAUCUUCCUAUUUCCGAGCAGCAAUCAUCAAGUGCGGCAGCGAUAUGCUUGCAUUUGUUCAGCCACAGCUUCUGCGCAUUCUGAUCGACUUCGUCAAUUCAUACCGGACAGAUGACCCUCAACCUGUCAUCAGAGGCGUUGCAAUCGCCUUGGGGAUGUUUCUCGUUUCGGUGUCUCAGACUCUGUGUCUUCAUCAGUAUUUCCAGAGGGCUUUUGACACUGGUAUGCGGGUGAAGUCGGGAUUAACCGCGAUGAUUUAUGCCAAAUCUCUGCGCCUUUCUAGCGAGGGACGUGCCUCGAAGACCACUGGUGAUAUCGUCAACCACAUGGCUGUCGACCAGCAACGUUUGUCUGACCUGACCCAAUUUGGUAUUCAGCUCUGGUCGGCACCUUUCCAAAUUACCCUUUGCAUGAUCUCCCUGUAUCAGCUCAUUGGCGUUAGUAUGUUUGCUGGUAUUGCCAUGAUGAUCUUGAUGAUUCCGCUGAAUGGAGUGAUCGCUCGGAUGAUGAAGCGCUUGCAGCUCAAGCAGAUGAAAAACAAAGACGCACGUUCGAGAUUGAUGACUGAAAUUCUGAACAGCAUCAAGAGCAUUAAGCUCUACGCCUGGAACACCGCUUUUAUGAACAAACUUAGUCACAUCCGUAAUGACCUCGAGCUGAACACUCUCCGGAAAAUCGGUGCCACUCAGUCCAUUGCCAACUUCACCUGGCAGUCGACCCCGUUCCUUGUUUCAUGCUCCACUUUCACGGUUUUUGCACUGAUCGAUAGUCGUCCCUUGACCACCAGUGUUGUUUUCCCCGCGUUGACGCUUUUCAAUCUGUUGACCUUCCCUCUCUCGAUCUUACCAAUGGUCAUCACCGCUGUAAUUGAAGCUUCGGUGGCCAUUAACCGUCUGACGAACUAUUUCACCGCAGAAGAGCUGCAGACCAAUGCCGUCAAAUAUGAGGAUGCAGUUGCUCACAUUGGGGAUGAGUCCGUCCGGAUCAGCGAAGCCUCGUUUACCUGGGACCGCUAUGAUGGCACUCAUGUUAUCGAGAACAUCGACUUCAGCGCUCGCAAAGGAGAGCUCAGCUGCAUCGUUGGCCGGGUUGGUGCCGGGAAAUCGUCCCUUCUGCAGUCGCUCCUUGGGGAUCUGUGGAGAACCGAUGGAGAGGUCGUGGUGCGCGGCCGCAUCGCCUACGUUGCGCAAUCGGCGUGGGUGAUGAAUGCCAGCGUGCGCGAGAACAUUGUUUUUGGACACAAGUGGGAUCCUCAGUUCUACGACCUGACUGUGGAAGCGUGUGCUUUGUUGGACGAUUUCAAGAAUCUGCCAGAUGGCGACCAGACUGAGGUCGGAGAGAGGGGAAUCUCUCUCUCCGGUGGACAGAAGGCCCGUUUGACCCUUGCUAGAGCGGUGUAUGCUCGUGCGGACGUUUACCUACUUGACGACGUCUUGUCCGCAGUCGACCAGCAUGUCGGCAGACACCUUAUUAACAAGGUCCUUGGACGCACCGGUAUCCUUAGCACCAAAACUAGAAUCCUUGCUACAAACGCCAUUCCAGUUCUGAAGGAAGCCGAUUUCAUCGGCCUUUUGCGAAACAAAACCUUGAUUGAGAAGGGAACGUACGAGCAGCUGCUUGCUAUGAAAGGCGAAGUUGCCAACCUCGUCCGGACCACGAUGAACGACUCGGAUGACGAUGGCUCAAGCAGUAGCGAUGGACCUGGCCUUGCCAGUGCUGAAAGCUCGGAAUCUGCUACGGUGACCGAUAAUCUGGACUCGGACGCCUCCGACCAAGAGGAGGCUGAGCAGGAAGUUGGCUCCCUCCUUCCUAUUCGAUCUGGCCAUCAGCGACGCUCAAGCACCGUGACUUUGCGACGUGCCAGCACUGUCAGCUGGUCCGGCCCCAGACGGAAGCUCGCUGAUGAGGAGAACGUUCUGAAGUCGAAACAAACCCAGGAAACCUCGCAGCAAGGCAAGGUUAAAUGGAGUGUUUAUGGUGAAUAUGCCAAGAACAGCAACAUCAUCGCUGUGUGUUUCUACCUGGUCGCCCUCCUGGGCGCUCAAACCGCCCAAGUUGCCGGUAGUUACUGGCUGAAGUAUUGGUCGGAGCAGAGUGAACUGAACCCGCAUCUCAAGGUUGGAAAAUACAUCGGUAUCUAUUUAGCCUUUGGUAUUGGAUCUUCUGCGUUGGUCAUCGUGCAAAACCUUAUCUUAUGGAUAUUCUGCUCGAUUGAAGCGUCGCGGAAACUCCACGAGCGGAUGGCGUUCUCCAUCUUCCGUUCUCCCAUGAGCUUUUUCGAGACUACGCCGUCUGGACGGAUUCUCAAUCGAUUCUCGAGUGAUGUUUACCGUAUUGAUGAGGUUCUCGCUCGCACAUUCAACAUGCUGUUCGGAAACUCCGCCAAGGCAAUCUUCACGAUGGUUGUCAUCGCCUCCGGGACUCCCGCCUUCAUCUUAUUGAUCAUCCCGUUGAGUUACGUUUACUUCAGCUACCAGAAGUAUUAUCUGCGUACCUCUCGGGAGUUGAAACGCUUGGACAGUGUUACUCGCAGUCCAAUCUUUGCCCAUUUCCAGGAGUCUCUUGGAGGCAUCUCGACUAUCCGUGCCUAUCGACAGGAGAACCGGUUUACUCUGGAGAACGAAUGGCGUAUGGAUGCGAACCUCCGGGCUUAUUUCCCGUCCAUCAGCGCCAAUCGAUGGUUGGCUGUCCGUCUCGAGUUCAUUGGUUCGGUCAUCAUCUUGUCAUCCGCGGUCCUCUCAAUCAUCUCGGUCUCGACCGGUAGUGGCAUCUCUGCAGGAAUGGUUGGUCUGGCCAUGUCGUAUGCUCUCCAGAUCACCCAAUCUCUCAACUGGAUCGUCCGACAGACGGUCGAGGUGGAGACCAACAUUGUCUCCGUGGAGCGUGUUCUGGAGUAUGCCAACCUCCCCAGCGAGGCACCCGAUGUGAUUUUCAAGCACCGUCCGGCGAUUGGCUGGCCGGCGCAAGGCGCGGUUUCCUUCAACAACUACAGCACACGUUACCGCCCAGGACUCGACCUCGUCCUCAAGGAUAUCACGCUAGACAUUAAACCGCACGAGAAGAUUGGCGUGGUGGGCCGUACGGGAGCAGGCAAGAGUUCCCUGACUCUAGCGCUCUUCCGUAUCAUUGAAGCGGCUCGCGGACACAUUAGUAUUGAUGGGCUGAACGUGUCUACCAUUGGUUUGUUGGAUCUGCGCGGCCGUUUGGCCAUCAUCCCCCAGGAUCCUGCCAUGUUUGAGGGCACCGUCCGAGAUAAUCUGGAUCCUCGCCACGCACAUGACGACACCGAACUGUGGAGUGUCCUGGAGCACGCACGACUAAAGGAUCACGUUGCGCAAAUGGAGGGUCAGCUCGAUGCCCGAAUCCAGGAAGGAGGAUCCAAUCUAAGUCAAGGCCAGCGCCAGCUGGUUAAUCUUGCACGGGCUUUGCUGACGCCUAGUAAUAUUCUUGUGCUUGAUGAGGCCACAGCUGCGGUGGAUGUGGAAACGGAUGCAUUGCUUCAACGCACCUUGCGCAGUAGCAUCUUCUCGGAUCGCACCAUCAUCACCAUUGCCCAUCGCAUUAACACGAUCAUCGACUCCGACCGGAUCGUGGUGCUAGACAAGGGCCGGGUGGCCGAGUUCGACACGCCCAAGGAGCUGAUCAAGCGUGGCGGUAAGUUCUACGAGCUAGUCAAGGAGGCCGGUUUGCUUGAGGGCGAAGGCCUGGCACUGGUGCAAUGA